CAUUCAUGGGGCCCUUUGAUCAUGCUGUGCUUGUCUCCGUGAGAGAAGAAUUUCUAGUUUGCUGCUUCAAUGCAGCCAAUCGAUAAAAAUGGCUCCUCAUCCGGGUCUUGAAGCCGAUCACAUCAAGGAGAAAUCCAAGAAAGACCUUCUUGAUCUCCUUGAAGCUGUAAGGGGCAAAAAGAACCUUGUAAUCAGCAAGGCUCUUGCUGGUCCUGUUGGAGUGUUUGUCAAAUUUUCUGUCCUCCAGGAGUACGGAGUUGACCGUGUAUUCCUACUGGAACACGAAAACGUUGAUUCAUCUCAGCGGAAUAUUAUUUUUCUAGUCAAUGCGGAGAAGCCGAGCUACGUACAAUUUGUUUCUGCUCAGAUUCGGAAACUUCAGCGGAAUGACACUGUCGAACACGAAUUCUCGAUAUUCUGGGUGCCACGCAGGACCCUUGUUUCCGAUCGGAUCCUUGAAGAAGAAGGCAUCAUUGGAGAUGUAAACAUUGCCGAACUCCCCUUGUACUUUUUUCCCCUUGAGAAUGAUCUACUUUCUCUAGAGCUCCCAGAAUCCUUUAGUGAUUUAUAUUUGCAUCGAAAUCCUGGCGCAAUAAAUCUUUCAGCAAAGGCGUUGAUGCAAUUCCAGAGGAGACAUGGCCUGUUUCCACGUAUUGUUGGAAAAGGUGAUAAUGCGAGAAAGCUAGCAGAUCAAUUACUGCGCAUGAGAAAGGAACUAGACGCAGAAGAGUCAUCAGGUCUAGUGGAUGGGCUCGGAAGAGGACUCAUGGUCAGCUCUACGAUGGAAAAUUUGAUCAUCAUCGACCGUGAAGUGGACUUUGCAACAGUAUUAAUGACACAGCUGACAUACGAGGGCCUCGUGGACGAAUUUUUCGGGAUUAGCAAUAAUCAAACUGAAGUCGAUUCGACGAUAAUUGGUGUGGGUCCUCCGGGCCAGGCAUCGCAAGGUUCAGCUUCAGGUGCAUCGUCAGCUCCAAAGCAGUCGCUGAAACGCAAAAUCCAGGUAGAUUCGUCCGACCCACUUUUCAGCCAACUUCGCGAUGCCAACUUUGCCAUUGUUGGCGGCCUUCUGCAUAAAGUUGCAAGGCGUCUGGAAAGCGACUAUGAGAGCCGGCAUGGCGCCAAAACAACAUCGGAGUUGCGAGAAUUCGUCAACAAACUUCCAGCUUACCAGGCCGAACACACAAGCUUGAAAAUUCAUACAAAUCUCGCGGAAGAGAUUAUGCGCCAAACUCGCUCUGAUGUCUUUCGGCGAAUCCUUGAAGUCCAGCAGAAUAUAGCAGCUGGUGCAGAUCCCGCUACUCAGCAUGAUCUAAUUGAAGAGCUAAUUGCUAGGGACGUCCCCAUCGCGUCCGUCCUACGACUGUUAUGCGUUGAGUCAUGCGUUUGUGGGGGUUUUCGUCCCCGCGAUCUUGAUAAUUUCAAAAGACAAAUUCUUCAAGCUUACGGGUACCAACAUUUGUUGACACUUGACGCUCUUGAAAAGAUGGAGCUACUUCAAUCACGGUCUUCAGCCACAGCCAUGAUUCUACCUACCGGCGGCGGCGGUGGUGGAGCAUCCGGCCUGAAAACAAACUACAAUUAUCUACGUAAAGCGCUUCGACUCAUUGUCGAUGAAGUCGAUGAGCAAAACCCGGAUGACAUAGCAUACGUAUACAGCGGAUAUGCGCCGUUAAGUAUUCGCCUGAUUCAGUGUAUCUUACAAAAGUCUCAUAUACUCUCCCUCACGAAAAAUCUUCCCGCGCCGGCAGCGGCUGCAUCGGGUGGCACACCAUCUCCGGGCUGGUUAGGGUUCGAAGACAUUGUGAAGAGUGCUCGUGGAUCUACAUUUAAUAUCGUCCAAAAAGCAGAGGAGAAGGUCACUCGUGCGAAACAAACAUUAACGGGAGCUGGAGGUAUCAAGACGGUUUUCAUUUUCUUUUUGGGUGGAAUUACCUUUACGGAGAUCGCUGCUCUACGAUUCAUUGCCCAACAGGAAGCAGCCAGAAGACGCAUAAUGAUAUGUACGACGGGAAUUCUCAAUGGGACCAAGAUGAUGGAGGCUGCGAUAGAAAAGUCGUAA